AUGGGACAGCUUCUGGGAACUGUUCAAUGUCACGGUGAAUUCCCUCCCGAUUUCCUAUCUACAAAAAUUCAAUUAUCUUUUGAAAUCACUCGAGGGAGAAGCACGCGACUCUAUAUCUCGGUUCCAGAUUACUUCCGCAAAUUACAACAUGGCGGUAGCCCAUCUGGAGGAGAAGUAUGGGAACGCCCAGAACGUUGUAACCAAACUUCAUCAACAGCUGGAGCAAUGGAGCGUAAGAAGCUCACAGCUGAAGAAUCAGCGCAAGCCUUUCGAUCAACUGUCGGCAAUCACGACACAGUUGUAGAGCAAAGGCGGAAAUUUGGAAAGCCCAUGGCUGCUAUCAAAACUACUGUACAAAUUCACAGAAGCUAUCCAGAGGAGGGCUCUAAGAGAAAAAGUCUCCUGCCUCAACGAGAAUCAUGGAUAAUGAAAAAACUUAUGACAACCUUGGAUACGGUCAUAGAUCAAGAAGAGGAGAUCGAACAGUCAAUGCCGAAAAGAAGAGAAACUUAUCAUGAUACAGCAGAAACACCGAAAAGAGCGGCAGCAAUAAGGAAAGGGCACACACCGCUUUGCUUCUAUUACGGCAGCCAAGAACACUGGUCAUUUGACUGCACAAAAAUAGUUAGUCCAGAAGCACGUUUGGAAUGCCUGAAGAGGGCCAAUCGCUGCAUGGGAUGCGGUGCCAAAAAAUCACCUUUUUGCCGAAUGUAA